CCUGUCUCUUUUCUAUCCUACAAAUAGCCCCCAAUGUCUUUUUUGCUCUUUGAUUCUCAUUUCAACUAUGGCCGAUUCUGAUCUUUCUUCUUCUGCUUCUUCUCUUCUGUGUUUUGAAGACGGAGAACCCUGUGUCACUCAACAAACACAACAUUUUGAUAUGACUGAUAUCUAUAACUCAGGUUUUGUUUUGGAAGAUGAUGAUGAAGAGUUUAUACAACAGUUGGUUCAAAAAGAGCCCAUUUUUGGACCCAAAAGUGGUGUCUUUUCUGAUGAUGCCUCAUCCAAGGACCAAGCUUGGCUCAAAAGUGCUCGCUUGGAUGCCAUUCGAUGGAUGUUUAAUAGGAGAGCAAGGUUUGGGUUCCAGUUCCACACAGCUUAUCUUUCUGUGGAUUACUUUGAUCGGUUUCUUUCAAAACGAUCCAUUGAUGAAGGGAAACGAUGGGCUAUACGAUUAUUAACUGUGGCAUGUCUAUCUCUGGCUGCAAAAAUGGAGGAGUGUAAAGUGCCAUCCUUAUCAGAAUUUGUUGUGGAAGAUUUUGAUUUUGAGAACAAGGCGAUUCAGAGGAUGGAGCUACUGGUAUUGAGCACAUUGGAGUGGAAAAUGGGUUCAAUUACUCCUUUCAAAUUCCUUGGUUACUUCAUUAGCAAAUUUUCUGGUGAAGGUAGACCAAAAGAAUUAGUCUGCAAGGCUGUUGAACUUAUCGUCACUAUAACAAGAGAGAUUAAUUUGAUGGAUUAUCGACCGUCCAUGAUCGCUGCUGCUGCAGUUUUAGUUGCAUCUGAUGCUCAUAUGACAAGACAAGCAGUGGAGCUCAAGAUGAAUGUUGUCUCUUCAUGUGAUUCUCUGGAAAUUGAGCAUAUACAUACUUGCUACAGUAUAAUGCAUGAGUUAGAGAUGGGAAAGUUAAAAACACCAAGCCGGGAUUUGUCAUCACGGAGCACGAUUGGUAUUUUUGAGGUUUCUGCAUUCACCUUUGGAGCUGGCACAAAAAGAAGACUUACAUACACUGAUCAAGCGCAGAAUUCCUCAUCCAAGAAAAACUGUCGGCAAUAGUUAGUGGAAUUUGAUAUUUUGGUUUAUUGAUUUGGACUGUAGGAUCUCUUUCUCACUGGGAAUCGAUUCCUGCUAUUAGAUUUGAUUAUAGGUCUAAUGAGUGUUAUCUGCCAUAUGGUAUAUGAUUUGGAGUUGAUGACUGGGAUUUCAUUUUCCAAUGCUAAAACAAAAUUUUUCAGCUAGUGACAAUCAAGAAGAUAAAGAAAAGGGAAAGUAAAUAAAUAAAAAGGGGUAGCUUUAGCCUACAGUAAGGAAGGAGGUACAAAAACCAUCAAGGAAGAAGAGCGGCCAAGAGUGCAAGAAGGCCACUAAAAACUGUGUCAAUAGGAAUUCUAUAUAGUGUUUAGCUUUGAUGAACGCUACCACUAUCUUACUCACUUUUCUUUCAGUUUGUUGUGUUUCUUUUCUUUCUCCCGCUUCUUUUGUUGUUGCAGAAUAUUUAUCUGAUGUUUACAUCACUUGUAACCCUACAUUUUGAUGGGGGCUUGGGAUGCUUCCUAUCUCUUUCAAAAGGGUGAAAGCCAUGAGGA